GCUUGACAGAGCGGUUAGCUGUUUGUUUACUUGUUAACAUGUCGCAGUAAACCGGUAACUAACCGGGUUAAACCGGGUUAACGGACAGUCGGUGUCGGUAGGUUUUGGCGGGAGAAUGGAGACGUUCAGUAAGCUAACCAGCAUGCUGCUGCACGCGCUGGAGACGAGGGAGCCCACGGUGGACCUGUUGGAUUCCUUUGUGGAUCAUUGGAAAUCAAUAACCAACUAUUACAUCGAGACGACAGAUGACAGUCGUCCUGUCAGACAGACAGAGAUCCCCUGGCGUCUCAGACAGAUGUUGGACAUCCUGGUGUACGAGGAGAAACAACAGGGUGUGGAGGAGACCGGAGCAUGUAUGGAGUAUCUGCUUCAGCAUAAAAUUCUGGAGACUCUGUGUACACUGGGAAAAGCUCAGUAUCCUCCAGGGAUGUCUCAGCAGGUCUUGUUGUUCUUCUCUAAGUUGUUGUCUCAGGUGCAGAAACCUGUGCUGGACCUGGUGAAUGUCUACAGACCUGUACAGAAGCUGAUUCGCCUCUGUGCACUUCCUGGUUCCCAAACGGAGAAGGAGGAAGCUCAGUUCCUAUUGGUUGUCUGCUCCAGAGUCAAACAGGAUCCGCACACGCUCAGAUACGUCUUAGAGAUUCUGGACCAACCAGCAGCCAGGACUCAAGCCUCUGACCAAUCACAGCUCUGCACACAAGCCUCCAUUCCCAGGACAGAGACACCACAAUCCUCCAGCCAGUCAGAUUCAUCUGGCUCCAGCCCUGUCCAAUCAGAAAGUUCUACCUGCAGUCCUGUCCAAUCAGAGUGCAGUCUGCUGUCAGCUCUGCUGCAGCUCACCAAGAGUCAGAGGGCUUCAGUGAGUCUAAAGGCCUAUGAGAGCCUCCUGCUGCUCUCAGGUCUCCAGUCUGAAUCCUCAGGGGAGAUUUUGUCCGAUCAAACCCAGCUGGGAGAGCUGCUGGCUGGUAGGCUGCUGGAGCUUUACUCUCUGCUGCCUCUGGAGAGUCUGGAUCCUGGACAGGUGCAGAGCUGGCCUCAUACACCAUGGAGUUCCCAGUUCUCGCGCUGCAGCUCUGAUCCCAGGUCAGAGUCUCCUGCUUCUGAUCAUGUGACCAUCUUCUUCUCCUGGUUGGACUUCCUGGAUCACCUGAUGAGAGAGGCACCACAGGUGUUGUCAGUGAAGUUAGCUCAGUGUGUUCAUCAGUUGUGGUUGUUGGAUGUUCUUCAGCCUCAGCUGCUGCACACGUGUGAGCAAGUGGUCCUGGUCUCCACCUCCGUCCUCUGUGGUGCUGUCAGACUUGUCCAGUCCGCCACACUGUUAGAUCAGCUGGUUCACUUCCUGUUGAGGUCACAGACUCUGACACACCUGAUGCUGCAGCACUGUGACCACAUCUCCGACCAAAUCAGUAUGGUGUCCCUGUCUCUGGUGGAGGAGUUACUACAGAAGCCUCACAGGGACAUUUUGGACAUCUUGGUGUUGCGUUUCCUACAGACUCGUAGUUACCUGUCUCCACCUGCUGUAGGUGUGGACGAAAGACACACUGAGGGCAAUGAGACCAAUGAGGACAGCGAUGAUCUGGAGGAGGACCCCUUCUUCUCUGACAGUUUGUUGUUCUCGGACAGUCAGCUCCUUCCUCCUCCUCCUCCUCUCUCCUCCUCUGCUGCUCCUCCUCCCUCUGGACUGGGAUCACCUGCCAAUGUUGUCAACAGUCCUCCUCUCCUCCUUCAGGUGACUCAGUGUCAAUCUCUCUCUCAGUCGUGGGACUGGCCGCUCAGUCUUCCUCCUCCCUCCUCCUCUUCAGGCGAGGGGGAGGAAUUCUUCGAGGGUCACCUGUUCAGAGUUCUGUUUGACCGACUGGGACGCAUCCUGGAGCAGCCGUACGAGUUGAACCUGCAACUGACAGCGGUUCUUUCCAGACUUUCGGCCUUCAACCACCCACUGCUGCACGAAUACCUGCUUAACCCCUACAUACACCUGUCUCACUGCUCCAGGUCGCUCUUCUCCGUCCUCAUCAGGGUGAUGGGAGAGUUGAUGCAGAGGAUCCAGCCGAUUUCCAACCUGACAGAUAGACUGUUGAACACCAGGAGACACCUGCUGGGACUGAACCACAACACUGGGCUGGAACACCUGACCCUGCUGAGAGGAGUCAUCGUCCUGGAGGAGUUCUGUAAGGAGCUUGCCGCCAUUGCCUUCGUCAAACUGCCCCUGGACUAGAACUGACACACCCGGAACAGCAAUGACUCACCUGGACCACCUGGGACAGGUACUUCUGAGUAUCCUGGGACUGAUACACAUUAGCUACAGUUACAUGCACGCGUUUUUUCAUUCAGGUUGAAGAUUUCAGGUCAACCGUUUACAUGAGAUGAGAUUUAUUACGUCUGGUGUUUACAUGCGCCAAAGUGAUGAAGAUGCCAUGCAUUCGUCUUAUCUCUUUGGCACGUGUUUGAUCAGCUCCCUGAAGAUGGAUAUCUCUCGUCUGUUCGGCGCAGUAUUUGCCGUUAUUGUUCCGCUUGGAAGCCGCCACUUCAGGAAGUGGAGAAACAAACGUCCCCAAGCGUUUACGUCAAGACGGAGGGCAUGCGCAGAAAAAACGCAGCCAGAAAGUGACGAGGUUUAAUCGUUUAUAUGGUACAGUUUGUCUUUGAUCCGUUAAUGAACAGGUUUAAACUACCCCUCUGCAACCUGGACCUGUUUGUUUUGAUUGAGGUGUUGAUUUGAACACUUUGAUUCUGUUUGCGCUUUAAAACCGAUUAUGAUCGGAAUAUUAGGCUCCGUGUAAACGUGGCUAGUGACAGGUACAGCAGAGAGAGGUGGACCAGGUUAUUUGGUACAGGUUCACCUGGGUGAACUGGUACUGAUGGACCUGGAACAGGUGGAGCUGACUAAACUGGGUCAGUUACACAGGUCUUGGUAUCUACAGGAACUCUGCGGGUCCAACUGGACAAAUUUUUUGAUGGUCUUCAGACCUGAAUGAAAACCUGCAGGGUUUACGAGUCGACCCUUAACGGCCUUAAUGAAUACGGCUUCGUCCUGGUUCUGCAGCCUGAUCUGCAGCUUCAUCCCACCGUCGUCAUCGGGGUUCGACUGUCACAGGAACGUUUAUUUACUCUGGCCUCAGAUUUUAUUCUGAUCGACUCCAGCGAGAGAGAACAGAGCUUUUAUGUGAUAAAGACCUCAGCGUUGACCUCAUCGGUCCUGUAAGUAUCAGCCGAUCAGAGAGACCUGUAGGGAGCCUCCACACAGGUGGAGGUGUGAGGGGGAAGUUGCAAAAUUGUGAAGUAGCUCAGAUGAUUGAAUGACAGGAACAGAUCCCUGAUUGGAUAAAAACCUGCAUAAACUGAAGAACCGUCGAUCAGGCUCCUGUCAGACCUGCAGGAGGGUCUGAUGCUGAAACCUGCUCUGAGGGGGAUCGUGUGUAAGAUUACAUGUCACUGAUGAUAAAAUCGUUAUUACGUUUCUGCUGAGUCCUUAUUUUUACUUUAACAUACAUUAUUUAAAAUAUUUAAGUGCAAUUCAACUGUUUUAUCCCAAAGGUGGGUGGAUGGAUGGAUGGAUGGAUGGAUGGAUGGGUUAGAUUUCACUUCGGUUCAGAGAUAAAUAAUCCUGAUGAACAUGUUGUCAGUAAACCUGAAACCACGGGGAGUCAAGUUUCAGCCAAACAGACGUUUAACGUCUUUAACUCUUUUUGCCUUUAAAACUUUUCUCUUGUGUCGUGGAUCAGGUUUUCUCUUCAUUCAAUUCAUCAAACUUUAUUCGUACAGUUUGUUGUGUACAGAUGAACACAGUUCAGAGUGUUUUUCAGGAAAGAAGAAAUCUAAGCAGGAAAACUCCUGCAAAUGAAAAAUAUAUUUAUAUGCAGCAUGUAAAGAGACAGAACUUUAAUAUGUGAGAAAACACUAAAUGUGAAAUAAAAGUUUAAAAAAUAAAUAAAUAAAUUAUAAAACAAUUUAAAAGAGAAACCAUAAAAUAUUAAUUACAGAAUUUUAAUCAGACUCAGUUUUUUAGAAAAUAUUCCUCAUGCCUGCUGCUUCACUUUAAACCCAUUUAUCCCACUUUCAGUCUGGCAGGUGUGAAUCUUUGAUUUGAGACCUGUGCUGUAGUUUUAAAUCAAGUCUGGAGAAACAGCAACCUGGGGAAGAAAAGACAAAUAGUGAGGAGUUGAACUUUGGUCAGGACUGAAUUGAAUUUGUCUGAUGUUUGUGCCGAGCUUCUCAUUGACUUUUUGUAUUUUCACCUGCUCGUUAUCUGACUGCUGGCUGUUCGAAAUGGAGACGUUCAGUCAUUAGAAUCAGUGAAACUCAUUCGGAAAUCUAACGCAUCAUUACAUUUACUUUUGACUUUUACUUUCAUUUAUGUCAGUUUAGUUUUAAGACCAAGUGAAAUGCAAAUUCAUAUUUUGGAAAUAGAUUCUGGUCAAAUGUAGAUUUGUGGUUUUACAGAUCAGCAGAAGAGUCUUUUGAUCCAUUGAACUCUUCAAUCAUCAGUUUUCCUGAACAUGUUCAUCUCAUGUAUUCUUACAGUUGAAUGUGAUCAUUUAUACAAACUGUUAAAAUAUGAAAAGUUUUGAGUUUUGUUCGUUCUUUAAACCAGUUCAGCUGUGAUGUUUUUGUUGUUGUUGGUUUGACUGGUUUUCUGCACAGUGUCGAUGCAUCUGCUGGUUUUAAUUUACAUUUUUUGUCUUUGAGAUUUGGUUUGAGAAAAAGAAAAUUAAAUUGAAAAAAAGUU